CCUCUCUCCUCUAAACCUUUCGUCUCCUGCUUCUUCUUCUGCUCCUCCUCCUCCGCCUUCGUUCGGUGAUUGAAUUCUGAGUGCAAAACCGCAAGAAUGGCGACCCCUGCCAAGAGAUCCCAAGCCCCGAGACGCCAAACCUCGGAAAUACCGAAGCUUUCCGAGAACCUUGAUCCCAAUCUUCUUUCCACUCCUUGCCGACGAUCGACGAAAUCUCCUGCAACCAAUUCGGUGAGGCCGAAGAAAUCAGCAUCCCAAACCCCGGUUCGGAUUCCGUCAUCAUCGCCUUCCCCUGCCAAAGACAACAGCUUGGUUGCUCCCAAGAGGAGUUCCGUAACUCCGCUCAAGAGCUUGGACCCCGAGAAGUGUCAUCAAGAGGUGGCUCGUCUCAAGGAGAAUACGAGUAAAAGCGAACCAUUGGCGGUGGAAGAUAUGGAGGUUACAGAUUCGAGAGCGAGGGCGAUGAAGCAAUUGCUGCUGGAGGAGGCCAUGAGCGGUCUACCGGAGUCGGGGGCCGGGCGGGUGACGUACUUGGUGAAUGCAUUUGAGAGACUACUUUCCAUCUCAAAGGAGCCAAAGGGUGAAGAUGGAGGAGAAGUCAAAAGAAAGGUGAUGAAUUGGGCCUUGCCUGGCUUGCAUCAGCCACCGAAGGCUAAGGUAAGCGAAAAUUCUUGCUCGCCUGUCUUGUGUUCGACAGAUUUCCCACAUAUAGAGGACUCCGAAGGAGAUUCUGCCGAGCAUUCUUCGGUGAACAAGAAGGACAAAAGAUUGAGCAAUGGGAUCAAUGGAUCGGACGAAGGGCGAAGAAAUAGACGAAAUAGCACUGGUUUCUCAGGAAGAAGCAGGAUCAAGAAGUUCAAAGUGAAAAGCCUGCAACCCUUCAAGUUAAGGACUGAGCAAAGAGGAAGGUUCAAGGAAGAGCAAUUCAUCAAGAAAGUGAACGAAAUGCUUUUGGAGGAGGAGAGGAAACGAACACCAAUUGCAAAAGGCCUUCCCUGGACUACAGAUGAACCUGAGAUUCUGAUAAAGCCUCCCAUAAAGGAGCGAACAGAACCAAUCGAACUUAUUCUUCACAGCGAUGUACGUGCCGCAGAACGUUCUGAGUUUGAUCUUCAUGUUGCUGAGCGUAUGAGCUUUGUUGAGCAAAUAAAACUGGAUAGAGAAAGGCAGCAAAAGCUGGAAGAAGAAGAGGAAAUAAGAAGACUCCGAAAAGAGCUUGUGCCGAAAGCUCAGCCCAUGCCUUACUUUGAUCGUCCCUUCAUCCCGAGAAAAUCAGCAAAACCCCAGACAGUUCCAAAGGAGCCAAGGUUUCAUAUUCACCACCUGAAGGAACCAUAAGCGUGUGCUGCUUAUUAUGUUCCUCGGAACACAUUUGGUCCAUAAAGAAUGUGUAGCUUCAUUACUUAGUUCUGGUUUUCUUGGACGAUCAGUCGACAUAGUUUGUCAGAAGAUAUACCGACAAAUGCUCUCCACAGAAUAUGGAAAAUCAAGGAGAUGAUAUCCGAUAUUUAGAAUGUGCAGACUACAUGUGAUGUGUGUUGGUGAUUCAUCUGUAUAGGAGGCAACACAAGGCUUGAAUCUGAGAACAACAAAUUGGUGUGGCUUUCCAGUUGCUGUUAGAAGAUUAACAACUGAUACUUGGUGUGGCCUUCCUUGAGGAUUUAUUUGUUUGAUCUGUGCGAUCUAUAGAGGGCAACAUCAUCAUUAUGCCUGUAUGCGGGUACCUUGUGAUUAUCAAUUGUCCAUAUGAGACCUUUUCCCCUAUUUAUUUUUUCUUGUGUUACACCAGGAUUCCAACUCAUGGAAACUGGGCAGAUUAUUCCUCCUUGGACUGGCUAUCCUUCUUAUGUGUAAUUGAAGCUUUAGUGCAAUGAUAAUUAUGUUUAAUUGAUGAGAUACUUGAGGAAGUCUCAUCUGCC